CCUCCCGCAGAUGACCUCGAGGACACGCCCGCCCACCUGCAGCUGGAAUUCAAAGUGUUCCUGAUCAACGCACAGACGCAGAAGCACACGCAGGAGAGCCGCCAGCUGCGCUUCUGGUUCCAAGACGCCGUGCCGGAGAAGGAGCGAAUGAAGAGCGCGCAGGAAUUCUUCAAGGAGCUGGUCGCGCCCCUCGAGUUCCCGAGAGAUUACGUAGGCUUCAUAAAAAAGAUAAUGAAGAUGAUGCAGCACAAGUACAAGACAAUCAGCAAAACGGAAGUCGAACUGAGGCAACUUGAGGAAUCGGACAAGCCGCCCACGAGACCAUUGGAGGAUCAGAAGGCAGAGCUUAACGAGGAGAAGGUCUUGGAGAUGAUCGAGUCUUCAUACCCCAACCCUAUUACAGUCAAGGAUAUGGCUAAGCGAUCGUCAGCUUCUCUAGAGGACGUGGAACUCUACAUCUCCGCCUUGACAGAGAAGGGCCUCAUUAAGCCAAUGGCACCCGGAUGCUACACACGUAUUGUGCAGAAUGAAACUGAUGUCAAGGUUGUGAGGCAGAUGCCGACCAUUGCAUCAAACAAGCAGCCCACAAUUGCCAUUAUCACAGCUCACUAUGCAGAAAAAUUAGCAGUGGACACCAUGAUUGAGAACCAGGAAACCUUCGUCAGAUACACCACAGUCGGUGGUACAUACGGGGAGAGUAACAUCUACACACUAGGUAACAUCGGAGCACACAGAGUUGUGUGCACCAAACUCCCCACAGUCGGUCGUGAUCGGUCAGCCUCCAUUGCUGCUGGAAACACAACGACACGGUUGCUUGGGACUUUCCAGAAAGUGGACUAUGUUUUCCUUGUGGGAACAGCAGGAGGCGUUCCACACUACACAGAUUACAACAAGCAUGUUCGACUUGGUGAUGUUGUUGUGUCAACUCCUCCCGAUGGACAGAAGUUUAUAUACAUGUAUUGUGAGGGAGCAAAGGUAUUAGAAGAUGGACUGUUUGAGUUUGACACCAAGUCUUGGGGGCCGCCUGACCUUACUCUACAGAAAAUUGCUCAACAGCUAAAGGAACAGGGUGAGGAGGUGUGUGUCCCAGCACCAUGGCUCCAGUAUAUGUCUGAAGGUAACGGCAAAUUAGCAGCACAGGAGAUGGACUUUAAGAGACCGGGUGAAGGAACAGAUAAGCUGUACAUGAGUAUUGGAGGCUCAGACGUGAUUGAGGUGUCUCAUCCCAUGCCUCCCGAAGGGGCCGAGAAUGUCAGGGACCCAACAAAACCUCGUAUUCACAUGGGGGUGAUAGCCUCAGGUCACUCUGUGGUCUGCAACGAUCAAAUGAGGCAGGACUUUGCUUCUCAACUUGGUGUGCUCGCCUAUGACCAGGAAUUUGACGCAGUUGUGGAAUCCAUCUAUGGCAAUCGCAAGGACCAUUACAUGUUCAUUAGGGGCAUUUCUGAUUACCAAGAUGGAACAAGAAACAAAGAUUGGCAGCCAUACGCAUCCCUGGCUGCAGCUUCUUUUAUGAAGUCAAUUAUCUGUGGUCUUGAGGCACCUGUAGAUGACUAAACAGUUUGUUAUGGUUGGGUAUGAAGGUUGUAGAUUUUUUUUUGCAGAGGGUAGGAUGAAAGUACCUUUUUCACUUAACUUUUGAAUUUUUAUUUUGUGAUAACUUCAUUGUACAGGAUAUGAUUUUUUUGUAUAUGCUUACAGAAGGAAAAAAAAAAAAAGUCAUAUAUAUCUUGAAUUCUGAACUAACAAAUGCAGUUUUAUAACAGAAAGAAAAACUUUAUAAAAAAGGAAUGUUAGUUAUGGCGACUGCUAUCUUGUGUGAAGCUAAUAUUGAAUGGAGAAGGUGUAGCUGAAAAAUCCAUGAAUGAAGCAAGCAAAAGAAUGGAUUACAUAUAUUCAAAGAUGAGAGAAGUGUAGAAGGAAUACUGAUUUUUUCAGUUUGGAGAAGAAAAUUAGAAAAUGAAAUUGUUACGCAUAAAAGACUUAUUUCUUAUUAGAAGAGCAAAGAAUUUUUAAUUAUUUGUUAAUGCUUAUAUGCAUUUCCAGAUAAUGUGAGAUGUUUAAUUUUUGCACUACUUUUUCUAAUUUUCAUGAGAUGAAAAUAUGAGUGUGCAUAAUUGAAAUGGUGCUUUGAUACUGAAGGACUUUGACUUUUACUGUAAUCAUUAUUUUUUUCUGCAUUCCAGUUUUUGUGAGUUCUUGUGGUGUAUAGUAUUAUUCCAUGUAGAUGGCCAGUCACUGAGUACAGUAAUUCAUAUCAGCUAGACCCAAAUUAUUAUUAUGAGAGAUUUGACAAGGAGAGAGCUUGGAAUGCCAGAAAGAUAGAUUAAUUGCUUAAAUGGUUAACUAAUUUAUUAAACGGUUUAUUUUGAAGUAUAAUAACUUGGGUUUGAUAUUUUUAUUCAUAUACACAAUGCACAUUGCAAAAAUCAAGGAUGUUUCUUGAUAUUCAAUAUACAAAAGUUUGUUUUAAUGUUCGGAAUAAUCAUAGCAGCCUGGGCUUACAUGGUACACUGUUAAGGAAAUAUUACAUUACUGGAAGAAGGAACAUUUUAAAGUUAAAUUUUCACUUACCUUAAGAAAAAAUGUGACUAUAAAGGAAGCAGAGGGAAUCUUCGGAACAGAGACUUUAUUCCUUCAGAAGUAUCUGGUCUUCCUUCAGUGACUAGCCUUGUAUAUGUAUGUGUUCAACUCUCUCAUCUCCCUGAUACAUGUUACUCCUGUUACACACGAAUAUGAUAUUUUAUUGACGUUGUUGCUCCUGUGCAUUAUGAUAAAGGAUAAAUAUAUUGAUAGAUGAAUAUAUAUAUAGAUAUAUGACUUCGCUUAUGGUAGGGUAAAUUUAGGCUUGAGCUAACAUCUCGUCAUCACUAGAUUUAUUAGGAAAUUACUUAUUAGUUUUUUUUAUUUUAUUAUACAUUGUGGUCUCAUCUGAAUCUAUUUCUAGGAUGUUUUAAUUUUUAUCAUUAGUUUUAUCCUUCUUACUCUUUUUUCUUAACCGUGUAGGGUCUUUCAUUUAUAUUGUGGAAAUGUUGCUCAUGUUAUACAAUCAUCCACACUUAUUAGAACUAUUUACUGCACAAAAAAGAUACAUAGGCACCAGUAUUUUUAUUAAGAUUAAGACACGCAUCAAGCACGAUCUGGAAUGAGGUGUACCAGUGCUAGUCUCUUUAUGUUUAUGAUAUUAACUGUAUGUUUCAUGUGUGCUAUUUCAUUUAUACUGGUUACACUGAUAUCAGACGGUGUCACUCUUAGGUAGCGUGUUCUGUGAAGUCAAGAUUCCUUUCCUUUGUAACAAUAGCAUUUAUAGAUAACUUCCAGUUUAGCAUUUUUCUUGUUAAGCAAAUCUUGUCAUAGGAUUUCCACUUCCUGUGUUUUCCACUGCAGUGUUGAAAGAUUGUCAGAUACGAGCAUAUGGUGGAGUGUGCCAACGGACACCAAAGAAGAACUAAUCAAAUAAAGAUGAUGAAAGUCUU